AUGAAUGUCAAUGAGAAGUUGCAGCGUGCAGAUGGAACUAAGAAAGCAAAUCCGAGAUUGUUCAGAAGUCUAGUUGGUGGCUUAAAUUAUCUAACGUACACUAGACCUGACAUUAUUUUUUCUGUUAGUGUUGUGUCCAGAUUUUUGCAGAGUCUGACAAAGCAACAUUUAGGUGCUGCCAAAAGAAUUCUUCGCUAUGUUGCUGGAACGACAGACUUUGGUAUUUGGUAUUCUAAAGUAUCAAAUUUCAUAUUGGUUGGCUAUACAGAUAGUGAUUAUGUAGGAUGUUUGGACGAUCGAAAAAGCACUUCUGGUAGUUGUUUUAGUUUUGGUUUUGGAGCAGUGACAUGGAGUUCAAAGAAGCAAGAGACAGUAGCUCUGUCAACGUUUGAGGCGGAGUAUACAUCAGCAAGUUUAGCAGCACGACAAGCUUUAUGGCUUCGAAAACUACUUGCAAAUUUUAGUUACGAGUAA